GUUGAAUGGAAUCGACAGUUCUAAAAAUAUCUCUAACUCACAUGGUCACGUAUGCUCGAGUUACAGCCGUUGUUGGAUCGAAUGGAUAUGGAAUAGCUAGCUAGAAGCUGGUUACAUUUUGUUUGCCGAUUAUCUAUCUGGUUUCUAAAAGUUCAACAUCAUGACGACACCUGUAACAAUGUAGAAGCUCGUGAACUUGAGACGGACUGUUUUUGGUUUGGGGUGUGGGUGUGUGUGACGAACAGUGUCACGAGAUUGAGUUGGGAGUGAAAACGGGGAAAUAGACGGUGGCGAUGCAGUACCAACACUGGGAGCAGCAAGAAAGGUGGAAGAACUAACCGAACAGCUAUUACCUCACAUAUCGAUAUCAACAAAAAGCGACACAAAGUAUAGUGCAUAAAGUGCAAUAGAAAUAGAGACGAACAUUGGCAUUGGCGCAUAUCAGCCAAUAACCCAUUAUCGGGGUGGUGUGCUCAGUUGUUCCCUUGUGUUGGAUACCCCUGCUAACCUAGAAAAACAGUGCACUGUAGAAGCACAGCGAAAGUUGUGAUAUAACACCUCUCGUGGGAACUAGUGAACGAAGAUCGAAGGAAAAACCUGGAGUGGCCUUGGAAUUAGAUAAUCGAGACCGGUGAGACUGAAAAGAUCCUGUUUCGCCUCAGCGAGGUAGCGUACAAUGGAUCGUGAUAAGAACGACAAGUCUUCCAACACAGGAAUUGCGGGUGGAUUUGCUGGUUGUAUCACUCGCUUCAUUUGUCAGCCGUUGGAUGUCCUGAAAAUUCGAUUCCAACUGCAGGUCGAACCACUCAGUGAAGAUCAUAUGACUUCGAAGUAUCGCACGAUUGUGCAGUCUACCAGACUGGUGUACAAGGAAGAAGGUCUACGUGCGUUCUGGAAAGGUCACAACCCAGCACAGGUGCUCUCGAUUAUCUACGGAGUGUCCCAGUUUUCGUCGUAUGAGCAUACAAAUCUCUUCUUGAGGCAAUUCGAACCAUUUGAAAACCACCAGAAUGCGAGAAAUUUCUUCUGUGGCGCUCUCAGUGGAACGGUGGCGACUGUGAUAACCCUCCCGUUGGAUGUGGUCCGAACACGACUGAUUUCUCAGGAUCCUAACAGAGGAUAUAAAAAUUCCAUGCAAGGCUUGAAGAUGAUCUACCGACAUGAAGGUAUCAAGGGAAUGUAUCGAGGGUUAAGCCCAAGCGUACUGCAGAUAGCACCUCUCACCGGAGGACAGUUUAUGUUUUACAAUAUUUUCGGUAGCAUGUUCCGGCAGUAUUUCAAUAUCGCUUCAACAGAAACGCUCCCGGCGGUGGAACUUUUCAUCUGCGGCGGCCUAGCGGGACUGUGUACCAAAUUACUAGUGUAUCCACUGGAUUUGGCCAAGAAACGGCUGCAGAUACAGGGAUUCGCCAAGAGCCGACAAACGUUUGGUCGACAUUUUGUGUGCGAUAACAUGUUCAACUGUAUGUACAACAUAGUCAAGCAGGAAGGGUUCGCCGGACUGUACAAGGGGCUGUAUCCGGCACUGCUAAAAGCGUGCUUCAUGUCAGCCUUCUACUUUGCAAUCUACGACGAAAUGGUGUGGAUAUUGAAUCACUGAUAGAUACUCAACCGGCGCCACUUGCCAACCAGGUACCUUAGCGGCUUCGGUGAUCACUAUACUGCUGUGCACAAUUAAAUUCCUAUUUUAU